AGAUUAUUUCCCAAUUUGUUUAAGGCAUGCAUUUUUGUGUGCAGUUGAUUAAACUUCUUGCAAAACAUAGAGAGAUAUAUUGUGCCUGUCUUUCUCCACUAUGUAGAAAAUCAAUAGGAUGGCAUCUGUAUACAGUCAUUCCCUCCAUAUUUGUGAGUUUGACUUUUGUGGAUUUGAUGGUUUACAAAUUUGUUUAUAAAUGUUCUCUCUAGGAAUCUCUAAAUCCUCCAGUGAGACUCAAUUGACAACUUCCUCCAAAAAUGCCGGAGAACCUACAGAUUUCUAUAGAGAACACAAAUUUAGAAGUCUCUAAAUCAUUGGUUCCCAACCUUUUUUGACCAGGGUUCACUUGAUCAGGGCCUACUUGACCAGGGCCCGCUUUGACCAGGGCCAACUUUGAUCAAGGACUACUUGAAGAGGGAUCACUUUGAUUAGGGUCCACUUUGAUCAGGGACCACUCUCCAAAAGGGUUACAAAUAAGUUUUUGGUCAACUUUAGAUUUGGUUUGGUUAUUUGGGGUGCUGAUUCAGAAAAUAGCAUUGGAUAGACCACAUCAUCUCUAGUUUCUGAUACAGAACAAAUGCCAUCCAGUAGGGCUGCAGCCCACAGGUUAACAACCACUGCUCUAGAUCCUCCAAUGUGAUUCCAUGGGCAGCCUCUAAUAGAAGUUGACAGAGGAGUUGUGGUAGAAGACAUUCCUAGAAAAGUUCUUCUUCAGUGUUAUUGUGAUACCAGCAUCCUUCCUAAUCAUGAAGUUAUUUUCUAUUCUUUCAUUACUCCUCUCUUCAGGCCUCUUUGCUGAUGCAGCAAUAGUAGUGAAAUCUGCACUUUCGGUAUCUUCCACAGAGAGCAAAGGAAGAAAAGGAGGUUUAACAAUGAAACAUAUAUCAGAAGAAGCGUGUAAGGAGUGGGUUGAACAAUGCAUAGAAACGGAGUGUGUUCGAAACAUGAUUUUCCAUGGUUUGUGCCAUCUCAAUCCAGAGUGCUGUGAUAAAGAUCCUGUAGAACUUUGUAAAAAAAAGGGAGGCCAAUGUGCUGUAGCGGAAUGUGGCAAAGAUGCUAUUUCCCUUGGAAAGUGUUUUGGGAAAAGUUCAUGCUGCAAAAGUAUUGAGAAAACAACAACUGCUGCGCCGGUCACAAAAAAACCACAAACUCCUGCACCAGAUAAGAAAGCAGGUCCUGCACGAGGCACAAACAAUGGAGGCGGAAACAAGACAGGUCCUAAUAGAGGAGGUGCAGUUGCAACAACUAACCGUGACUGCCCAGAUCUUGAGGUCUCUCAGUAUCCAUAACAAAGAAGGGAGAGCAGCAACGGUGGUAUCAAAGAUUUCUACUGUGGUUGAUUGCCCAGGAUCUUCAGUAGCUUUGAUUCACAAAUGGAGAAGACAAAUUCUGAGAAUCAGUCAUGAUUAGAAUACUGCCAUUGAAUCAGUUGGAUUUACCAAUGUGUUCAUUCAUCAUUCAACAAAUGAUUUGAUGAGUCUACUCUGCUUGAAUUCCAACCACAGCUAUUGCUAAAUUUGCCUUUUUGACUAUUGCUCUAUUAUUUCUGCAUUGAUCUUUCAUUUUAUGGGAAUUCUCAAGCAUCCUUUCUUGUCAGGGUUGCAGAAUAAGUUCAAUAGAGAUUUUCUGUUGAUCUUAUUCCUCUGAUCAUCAGUUAUUUUCAAGGAAUGCAAUACCUGCUCUGAUUUCUUGCUCAGUUUCUGUAUAUUAUGCCAAUAAAUCAUAUAUUCUAAUAGAAGAAAAUUA